GGCUGGGCGGGGGUGGGGCGGGCGGGAGGCCACACAAAGCCCGGCCCUCCCCGCCUCCGGGCCCCAGGGCCGCCCCGCUCUGUCCACGGGGCCCCGCGCCCCCCGCCUCCGGGACCCGCGGGGAGGGCCGCGCGAGCCCUCCUAAUGAGUCUCUGGACAUCUGAGUAUUGGAGCUGAGAUGUUUUCCUGUCUUCCCUCUGCAGUGCUGGUGUAGAUGGAAAGGAGAGAUCCACGCUUCUGAACUGCUGCUGGAGAAGAUCAAAUGCACAAGCCCUGCAGGAUGCUGGCGAAGUUGGGGCCUGCCUGACGUGGGAGGAGGUGCUGCCUAAGGGAGUCCCAGGCGUGCCGUAGAGAGCCUUGCUGGGGAGAUGUCAGCUUGGACCAUGGGCGCCCGAGGUCUGGACAAGCGAGGAAGUUUCUUUAAGCUCAUUGACACAAUCGCCUGGGAGAUCGGAGAACUGAAACAGGAGAUGGUGCAGACAGAUGUCGGUCUGGAAAAUGGCCUAGAACCCGCAGGAGCCCACAGCAUGGUGAGACACAAGGACGAUGGCUGUUCUGAGGAAAAGGAUGUGAAGACCUGUCCUCGGGAUUCUGGCUAUGACAGCCUCUCAAACAGGCUCAGCAUUUUGGACCGGCUUCUUCACACCCACCCCAUCUGGCUACAGCUGAGUCUGAGUGAGGAGGAGGCAGCAGAAGUUCUAAAGUCCCAGCCUCCUGGGAUCUUCCUGGUUCGUAAAUCUACCAAAAUGCAGAAGAAAGUCCUCUCCCUCCGCCUGCCCUGUGAAUUUGGAAGCCCCCUCAAGGAAUUUACCAUAAAGGAAAGCACCUACACCUUUUCCCUGGAAGGUUCUGGAAUCAGUUUCGCAGAUUUAUUCCGGCUUGUUGCAUUCUACUGCAUCAGCAGGGAUGUUCUGCCAUUUACCUUGAAGUUGCCUUAUGCCAUUUCAACAGCCACGACUGAGGCUCAGCUUGAAGAAUUAGCCCAGCUGGGACUAAAUUUCUGGAGCUCUCCAGCUGACAACAACCCCCCCAACCCUCCACCUCCCCAUAGGCCUGUCUCCGGCGCCGUGCGCCCCGCGGCGCGCCAGCUCUGCCUGGUGCAUGGACUGCACGGCCUGAGGACGCGCGCGCCCGCGGCGCUGGAGCGGGGCCGGGGCGGCGGGGCGCUGUGCUUCGUCAACCCGCUCUUCCUGGAGGUGCACAGCCGGGACCUGCCGGGGGGCCCGCAUGGGCCCGCGCCGCGCCCGCCUCCGCCGCGGCCCCCGCCGCCCGCGGGCCCCGGCUGCACGCCCGAGACCCCCGCCGGCCUGCCCGGGACCCCCGCCGGCGCGCCCGGGACCCCCGCCGGCCUGCCCGAGACCCCCGACGGCCUGCCCGAGACCCCCGCCGGCGCGCCCGGGACCCCCGCCGGCCUGCCCGAGACCCCCGCCGGCCUGCCCGAGACCCCCGCCGGCCUGCCCGAGACCCCCGCCGGCCUGCCCGGGACGGCCGGGCCGCGCGCGCGCGGGGACGCGCCGGGGAGCAGAGCGCCGCCCGUGCCGCCGCCGCGGCUGAAGAAGCAGGCGUCCUUCCUGGAGGCGGAGGGCGGCGCCAGGGCCCCGGCCGAGGCCCGGCCGCGCGCGGGCACAGCUGGCAGCGCGGGGGGAGCCCCGCCCGCCGCGGAGGCCGGCCCGGGACCGCGGCCCCCGUGGCAUGGAGGCGGGCAGAGACUGAGCGACAUGAGCAUCUCCACGUCCUCCUCCGACUCUCUGGACCUGGAGCGCAGCAUGCCCUUGUUCGGCUACGAGGGCGACACCGCCAGCAGCCCGGAGGACUACGACGGGGAGAGCGACCAGGAGACCAUGGCCCCCCCCAUCAAGUCCAAGAAGAAGAGGAACAGCUCCUUCGUGCUGCCGCGGCUCGUGAAGUCCCAGCUCCGCAAGGUGAGCGGCGUGUUCAGCUCCUUCAUGACCCCCGAGAAGCGCAUGGUCCGCAGGAUCGCCGAGCUGUCCCGGGACAAGUGCACCUACUUCGGCUGCCUGGUGCAGGACUACGUGAGCUUUCUGCAGGAGAACAAGGAGUGCCACGUGUCCAGCACGGACCUGCUGCAGACCAUCCGGCAGUUCAUGACCCAGGUGAAGAACUACUUGUCUCAGAGCUCCGAGCUGGAUCCCCCCAUCGAGUCGCUGAUCCCCGAGGAUCAAAUAGAUGUGGUGUUGGAGAAAGCUAUGCACAAGUGCAUCCUGAAACCCCUGAAGGGGCAUGUUGAGGCCAUGCUGAAGGACUUCCACGUGGCUGACGGCUCGUGGAAACAACUUAAGGAGAACCUGCAGCUUGUGAGGCAGAGGAACCCACAGGAGCUGGGAGUCUUUGCCCCAACCCCCGACUUUGUGGAUGUAGAGAAAAUCAAAGUCAAGUUCAUGACCAUGCAGAAAAUGUAUUCGCCAGAAAAGAAAGUCAUGCUGCUGCUCAGGGUCUGCAAGCUCAUUUACACUGUCAUGGAGAACAACUCAGGAAGGAUGUACGGAGCUGAUGACUUUUUACCAGUCUUGACCUAUGUCAUAGCUCAGUGUGACAUGCUUGAGCUGGACACUGAAAUCGAAUACAUGAUGGAGCUCUUAGACCCUUCACUCUUGCAUGGAGAAGGGGGCUAUUACUUGACCAGCGCCUACGGGGCACUCUCUCUGAUAAAGAACUUCCAAGAAGAACAAGCAGCCAGACUGCUCAGCUCCGAGGCCAGAGACACCCUGAGGCAGUGGCACAAACGGAGAACUACCAACAGGACUGUCCCCUCUGUGGACGAUUUUCAGAAUUACCUCCGAGUUGCAUUCCAAGAGGUCAGCAGUGGCUGCACGGGCAAGACUCUCCUGGUGAGGCCGUAUGUAACCACUGAGGACGUGUGUCAGCUCUGUGCCGAGAAGUUUAAGGUGGAGGACCCUCAGGAGUAUAGUCUGUUCCUCUUUGUUGAUGAAACCUGGCAGCAACUGGCAGAGGACACGUACCCACAGAAAAUCAAGGCCGAGCUACACAGCCGGCCACAACCCCACAUCUUCCAUUUCGUCUACAAACGCAUCAAAAGUGACCCUUACGGCGUCAUCUUCCAGAAUGGGGAAGAAGAUCUUACCACCUCAUAGAGAGAGGUGGCACUUCCCGGUGGUGCGUCCAAAGCAGGGGUUAGGAACCUCACUUUUAAACUCCAAUGGACUUGUGCUUGAAAAGGACUCUCCUCUUUGGAGACUCCAAAUUCAGUGACUAAGCCAUCCAUGGGUGAGAUUGGCCAAGGGCACAUCAUCAUCCACAUUGCCCAGGCAAGGUGACAGGAGGUUUGUGCAACAGAUGGAUUCUCCUUCAGAGACCGUGAAUUGCAUUUAGUAGUUCAGGUAUCCCUGAUUGUCUGUUUCCUAUCUCCAGCUAGUUCCUAGAUUGACUCGGGUGUGUGUAUGUGUGUGUGUAUACAUAUGUAUAUGUGUGUAUACAUAUAUAUAUAUAUAUACAUAUGCGUGGAAUAAAUAAUUAAGGUACAAGCUCUCCUCUUGAGUUCAACAGCAGGCAUUUGACAAGGUGUCCAAUACAGUGCAUCAGGUACUUCUCAAAUCUGUGGAUGGCUCCAUCCUUUUCUUCCUUUCAUUUUGCUUUUUCUCCUUUUUCCUUUUUUUAAAAAAGAGCCUUUGUGUUUUUAUAUAUUUCAUAGAAAUGUUUAUAGCAGUUGCAGGUAAACUGUUGGUUUUUAAAAUAUUUUUGUAACUUUAAAAUAUUCUAUAAUUAUGCAUGUGAUUUUAACCUUUAAUAUACAAAACAGAAUCUCUUGCUGGGUUUGAGAGUAUUGCAUUUUUAAAGUCUCUUUUUUGUAACUGGAUGUUUUAACUAUUUGGUGGGAAGAGACUGCUGGAUCUCUAAGGCAAUGUGUAACUGACACUGGGUCCAGAAUGCCUUUAGAACCCUAAUGUGCUGUUGUCUUGUUCAAUACUCAGUGGUGUUGUGCUGUUUCAUGUUUUAACCAAGUGAUGCUGAGAAUCAGGAGAGAAAUGAAUGUAGAGAGAGGUCGAGAGAGUAAUAUAGAUUCAAAUCAAGAACUAAGGAGCAUUAACUGCUGGUUCAGGCUCCUUGAGAGGCAUGGGAGAAAGGAGAUGAAUGGAACCACCAAUACUGAAAAUACUGUAAAUAUGCCAAGAGAUUUGGCAAGAUCUGUUCCAUAUGUAGUUUGCUGUUGAAAAUAAUCUUGAAAGUUCCAUGAGAAAGAAAUUAAGAUAAUCCCCCUUUCCCAUUUUCCUAUAUGAAUCAAAAGUAAUAAUAUCAAAAUGAUUUUGAACAGAACCAAGUAAUGUGUAAUGUGACUUUCAUUAAUGAAGAUGCUGUUUAGAAAAGAGUUCGAAGAUACACCAAAAAGCCUAUUCGUGUUAUAAGAUUGUCUAUAUAGUGGAGUUAAAUUUAUGUUUGUAAAACCUAUUUUGGGGUGCACAAAGUAUGAGGGUCUUGUAUCAAUGCAACACCAGUUACAAGAACAUGUUUUGUACUGUGUAAAGAUGCAGAGUCAUCAAAUCUACUUGGCUUUUACCUUGUACCUUUUUAGCUUUUGCUGUACUUUUAGAACCCUCAGCACAAAUUGUGUUGUACUUCCUUUUGUAAAUGAUUUUUUCAUGGAAUUUUGCACAUAAUACAUUGUAAUACUAUAUCAUAAUAAUGUGUGAAAUGAUUUUUGAAAUAUUCUCCACUUGUCUUUUUUCUUUUAGAAGCAAAAUAUAAUUACGUACUCAUAUGUCAUGUAAAUCUGAAAUCCACAGUG